AUGAAGAAGCCACUCGUGUUCGCGUACUAUUGCUCUGGGCAUGGCUAUGGUCAUGCGACGCGGGUCUCUGCAUUCGCUCGCCACCUCCUUAACCUCGACUCUCAGAUGACGAUACACAUAAUCUCGUCUGCUCCAAAACAUGUUUUCAGCGACAGUAUUAGUCUUGGGGUCCUCUAUCGUUUCGCCGAGAUUGACCCAGUCGUUGUGCAGCCCGUGGCAUACCGAGUCGACCGUCACAGGAGUGUUGAAGCUCUCAGGUCCUUUCUAGCACGCAAGGAAUCUCUUCUGGCGCAAGAGAAGCAUUGGCUCUUUGACAUACAGGUUGACUGUGUCCUUAGUGACGCUGCCUUCCUUGGAUGUGAAGCCGCAAAUGCCGCGGGCUUGCCAUCCAUCCUUAUCUCAAAUUUCACAUUCGAUUCCGUAUACAGCUACCUUUCAACAACAUUUACGGACCAAGUCGAUGUCAAUGCGCCUCUAGGAGAAGAAAUUGCGAUUGAUAACCUCGCUCCGGACUAUCCGAUCUCAGACGAAGAGCUUAAGCCCUUGGUUCAACAAAUAUAUUAUGGUUAUCGCUGCGCAGACCUUCUCGUUCGACUUCCUGGAUGCAUACCUAUUCCAUCGUUCUCGAUCUCCCCGUCAUUACCGGCGCCACCCUGGACUGACCAGGACAACAAUACAAUCCUAGAUGAUAUCGUGGCUCAUCUUGUCCAGGAACCCACUGCAUAUGCACUCCAUUCUUCGAUACCCUUCGCUGAUUCGCACACGAAGAAACCAUUUGCGCGUAGCAUUAUCCAAGCUCCCCUUCUUGUUCGUGGUAUUACCAAUAGUCCAGACACAGUUUACUCCCCUGUUGGUCGAUCCCAAUUUCUUUCGUCGAUUGGUGUCCCUGAACACUUACACAAUCCGGAUGAGACAAAGAUCCUAAUUGUAUCAUUUGGCGGACAGGUCUUCCGGAGGCCAACUUCCAGUCGCGGGAGCAGCACUGGUCACUCAAGUCCAGGGAGCAGAACACCUCGAAACCAUUCUCCCGCAGAGAUCCAUGAUAGUCCACUGUCCGAGAUCCCUCCUUGUGGUGACGCUCUCAGGAAAAUGGAAACGCCAUCUCGCCCUCCUGUCAUCAAGCCCGUGCCUAGCCCUACAUGUGACAAUAUAUGCGCGAUGUUGACCAAAACAGAGUCUUGUUUCAAGAACAACGUCGCCCGUUCAUAUUUCGAUGCGUUUGCGUCGGAUAUAACGCUCGAUCAUGCUAUAGACAACCUCGAUGCACGGCUGUUACCGGACUCGUCUUGGAUCGCGAUUGUAUGUGGAGUAUCAAAAUGGGGGCAAGAUGAAGCAGACGAAAAACCGCCCGACAGGUUUUUUGUCGCCCCAAAAUACGUCUACAUGCCCGAUCUGACAGCUGUUGCAGAUGUUCUGCUUGGGAAACUAGGAUAUGGGACAGUCUCGGAAUGCGUCGACUCUUGCACACCUUUCGUUUAUGUCGCACGUCCAAUUUUCGUGGAAGAGCAUGGCCUGAAGCUGCUACUCGCACGGGAAGGAGUUGGAAUCGAAAUCUCUCGAGAGGCUUAUGAGACUGGCGAGUGGGCUUCUGCUGUGGAGGACGCAUGGUCGCUGGGCAAGAAUGCGAAAGCGGAAAUGCGUAGGAGGGGUAGGUUAGGUAUCGAUAUGGAUAAGCGAGACGAAGAGGGUAAGUUACUUGCGGGUCGAGUGACGGAUUGGGUCAAGACUUGGCACGAUUCGAUAUCGCAAAGGUCGGUGUCUGAGAUCUGA